UAUUUUUUUACAAAACAUUUUUCAGAAGUUUUAUAAUGUGUGACAUAUAUAUGCCCGAGGAUGUUGGAAAACUGUUUGAGAAUCAACAUGUUCUAAUCCUCGGUGGUUCGUUUAUGCGCGGCGUUUACAAGGAUCUCGUUUGGUUGGUCAAUCACCCCUCUAUCAUACCCAGAGAGGUUUUGGGAGCUAAAUGUGAAUCAAGCUUUCCAGAUCUAGAGAAUACAGUUUGGAAGACUGGUUCGGUUGAUGGAUCUGUGACGAAAAUAUUUACUGAAAACAACAGAGAUGUUCUUCUGGAAACUAAAGGUUUGACAAGUGGAAGAACGUACAUAGAACCCCGCAGAUAUUACAACAAGAAGUACAAUAUCACAUUCUUUUAUCUCUUCAUCGUAAGAGCAUAUUCAAAGGAGCUGGAAGAUUUCCUGCUUGAAUAUGAGGAUAAAUACAAUGCUCCCCUCAAUACUAUUAUCAUGAACUCAUGUCUCUGGGAUUUUAACAGGUGGGGACCGUUCGGUCCUGAUGAAUAUAAAACAAAUAUGAAGAAAUUGAUGGAGCUAAUUCCAAAGGUUUUGACUGAUGACGGAGAGUUUAUCUGGAUUACCUGUCCCAUGGGUGCACCUGAAUUGAACAGUAAAGGAAUGAAUGUCCCCGGCCUUGAAUUUCAAUGCUUCACCUCUAGAUACAACGUAAUUGAGGCAAAUUUUGUUGCUGCGCAAGCUGUAUCAAGUGCGGGGUAUGGUGUUGUAGAUAUUCACUACGCUCUCCAGAUGCAGACCUACAGACGUAAUCCUGAUGGAAUACAUUGGGAUUCAGGAGCUAAUCGUUUGGUUUCGAACCUUGUCCUCACACAUAUAUCCCUAGCUAGGCAUGGAGAAGAAGGACUUCCCGGCAGAAUAUCGGACGAUUUUGCUCUGAAGUUGGUAAAACUGAAAGCCAAGGUGGCAAAGGAAGGAGCAGUUUGUCAAGAGGAGGUUGAGGAGAAACUGAUAGAGCUUCAGAACCUUCCUAUUCUCCAGACGGAUGAAGAUGAUAAGGUUGGGUUCCAGGAGUGCAGGAUGAAUGUAAUGGCAAAACUCCAGGAGCUGAAGCACCUGGAAGCCACUAGGAGUAGGAAGAAUGAGUACAAGGGUAACUUACCUCAACCUAGUUACAUUAAGGAGAACAGAUUUCAUCCUUACAGUAGACCAGGAGUACCAGUCUGGGAUAAACCAGCGGCUAAUGGAGACAUGGAAAUGGGUGGUAUGGUAAUGAACGGGUUGGGAAUGGCUGGUACAGGAAUGAACGGGAUGAGAAUGGGUAUUGCAGGAAUGAACGGUAUGGCAAUGUCGAGAGGAAUGAAUAUUGGAGGGGUCAGCAUGGGAAUGGGAGGCGGUGGUUUAAAUAUGGGUAUGGGAACAAACAACAUGGGAAUGAACAUCCGAAUGGGAAUGGAAUCAGAAUUGGUGUCACCACGGAUAAAUGGGAAUACAAUCGAUAACCACGGAAUCGGACGACGACGUGAGGACUCCAACAUCUCGCAGGAAAAUUGCUUCAGUGAUGACACGCCUAUAAACUUCUUAAACUUUGAGUCAGAUCCGGGUGGUAGAAACACCAGUGAUACAAGUGUUACUCCAUGGUUCCAGGAUACUAGGAGCAGACCAACCUUCAACCCAACAGCUCCGUUCCCUGAUCUGAAUUCUAGCUAUUCAGAAGUUUCCUUAACUCCUCCUUCAGAACAACAGCUACGCCUUCAAGAGAUAGAUAUAAAGGUUCGUGAGAAGGUAUUGAGGUACACGCGCGACAAUGGAGAGAAACCUCCUGAUCAGAUGGUAGAUAUCUGGACACGUCAGAUACAGGAAUCCGUGAUGAAUCCGGUCGGAAACAUGAUGCAACAUGGAGGCAUGCACAUGCAGGGUAUGCAAGGAAUGCAGGGUAUGCAAGGAAUGCAGGGUAUGCAAGGAAUGCAGGGUAUGCAAGGAAUGCAGGGUAUGCAAGGCAUGCAGGGUAUGCAAGGCAUGCAGGGUAUGCAAGGCAUGCAUGGUAUGCAAGGAAUGCAGGGUAUGCAAGGCAUGCAGGGUAUGCAAGGCAUGCAGGGUAUGCAGGCAUUUGAAGAUCCAUUCCAGUCUCUUGGUAACAUGAUGAACCCUAUGACGAACCAGCGUGGUUUUGGCACCUAUAUGGAUGGCGUGUCUGUGUUCAACAACAUGGAUCAAGGAAACUACGCACUCAAUCACCAUCAAGGACCUAUCAUUAGGUUCGGUAGAGGAGGCAGGAGAUAGUUUAACUCAUUCUAAGGAAAUAAGCUGAAAUAGUUUUAGCUGAUCCCGUUCAUUAAGCUUAAGUGAUUGAACUAGAUCAAACGAUCUUAUAUAAACUAUGAACAGUUGAUUUCAUUGAAGUUGAUAUUUUUAAUGUUUUUUUUUAAAUUUAUAUCGUGAUCUAAUGAAAGUAUUUUUUGUACUGCUUAACGUACCUAAACAUCGUCAAG